AUGAGCAAGAAGACCUCGCCCUUUGACCUGGCUACUUGUGCCAGGCCAAAUAUCCUCAAAUUGCAGCCAUAUAGAUGCGCCCGAGAUGACUAUAAGGACGACGGCACCAACAUCCUCCUUGACGCCAAUGAGAAUGCCUAUGGCCCUGGUCUGGCACUAGACACUCCUAAUCCCCCUACCACGAACGCCCAGGUUGAUUUUCUCGGUCUCAACCGGUACCCGGAUCCUCACCAGUUCACGUUGAAAGAAGGAUUCUGCAGAUUGAGAAACACACAUACCCACACCAGCAAGGACUUGAAACCAGAGAACUUGUUCUGCGGAGUCGGUUCAGAUGAAGCCAUCGAUGCUCUUCUCCGAUGCUUUUGCACUCCUGGCAAAGACAAGAUUCUGACCUGUCCUCCAACCUAUGGCAUGUACACAGUUUCAGCAGAGGUCAAUGACAUUUCUAUUGUUCAGGUCCCACUCAAUCCAGAUGAUGGCUUCUCACUGCAACCAAAUGCAAUUGGUGAAAAACUUUCGUCCGACCCAACCAUCAAAAUGGUGUACAUCUGCUCACCAGGCAAUCCCACAGCGGCGCUGAUCCGGAAGGAGGACAUUCAACAAGUUCUCGAGCAUCCUACCUGGAACGGUAUCGUGGUCGUGGAUGAAGCAUAUAUUGAUUUCUCUCCGGAGGGAUCGAGUUUGGCAGAAUGGGUACUGGAAUGGCCUAAUCUGGUGGUCAUGCAAACUCUCAGCAAGGCCUUUGGACUGGCAGGCAUUCGUCUGGGUGUAGCAUUCAGUGCAACAGAAAUUGCAGCUCUGCUCAACAACAUCAAAGCGCCUUACAACAUUUCUAGUCCCACAAGUGCUAUUGCCACAGCAGCAUUACAAGGGGAAAAUCUGAAGGUGAUGCAACGAUACAAAGCGAAGAUCGUGGAACAGCGAGAGCGACUUAUAAAAGAACUCCCACUGAUCCCGGGAAUUGGUCGAUUUCGGGGAGGAACCGCAUCCAACUUUUUGCUGGUGGAAGUGCUAGAUAAACCAGCUGAGGACGGAGGUCAGCCUGACAAUGUGACAGCAUUGCAAGUGUACGAAACCAUGGCGGGGCAGCGGGGAGUGGUAGUCAGGUUCCGGGGCAAGGAAUUGGGCUGCAAAGGGUGCCUUCGCAUAACAGUGGGUACAGGCAAGGAGGUCGAUCGAUUUCUAGUGGAGGUGCAGUCGGUCCUGCAGCAGAUCUUUGCCUGCGGGUCCGGGCGUGGUUUCCAGCAGACGGUCAAUGGAAUUGAGCAAUCGGAGGAGAAGCGGGAGACAGAGGCGAACGGGGUGAUCUCAUGA